UGGAAGCAAAGAUUAAAUUGUUUUUGUCGUCAAAAAGACACGUUUGAUAUACUUGUGUACAUCGAGUAUUUGAUAUAACAAAGUUCGUAUAGGACAGAUUAUAUUUCAGUCAACGUUGUUGUCUUUUAUGUUGCUGAGAUGACUGCACCGCUGUAGUUGCUAGGGACUCGACAUGGGAGACUCGAAUUAUUCUAAAGCCUACAUUCAAACGCUAAUCGAUGAACUGAAGACCUCAAAAAUAUACACAGAUCUCCAGUGCGCUGCGCAGGUAGAAAUAGCAAAACCUACUUUGAGAUUGUCAGAACUGAAGAAAGGUGUGCUCAAUGGACUUGUGAAUUCAGGUUGGGAUAGAAAACUCAGGAAUGCAAUAUACAGGUUUCUUCAAACACACCCUAAACUCCAGUUUCCGAGCCCUCCACCUGAGCAUUUAAAGGAACCACUGGUCUUUCUUAGAAAAGCCCAGCAAGCAUGGGAGAAGAGGAUUCUGAAGAGUUUAAACAGCAUGUGUACAGACUUGAACAUUCCUUUGGCCAGAAAGAGACCUGAGAAAGAGCAAAAGGAAUGGACACAGAAAUGGACAGAGCUUGGAAUUGAUGGUCCAGUCCAUUUUGAAAAGACAGAGCCCAAAGAUGCCUCUGUGAAAGAUCUAAGCCAGUUCCGUCCUGUCUAUGCCCCCAAAGACUUCCUGGAAGUGAUAAUAGGUCUUCAAAACCCAAACUAUCAUGGAUCCGACACACCAGGAUUUUAUCAUCUCUGGGGUAUUGUGCAAGUUCCAUUAAAAGUGAAAGACAUUGAUGAAUUGAGACUUCAAUACAGUGACAUGUCAAUCAAUCAAUGCCAGUCGGGAAUUGACGACGCUCAAGAUAUUCCAUCGGAACUGUUCGAGCAGGAAAGAGUCAAACUCGGCAAGAAAGUUAUCAAUACAAAUCAUGGUCCUCUUGCUCAGGAAUUUUCCAAAAAAGGUUGUCCCACCAGCAUGCGAGCCACACUGUGGUGUCAGAUACUGGCCGUUGAGUUGGACGAAAUUGAUAUCCUGUAUUAUGAACAACUGAAAACCAAUGUUUUGCAGCAUGACCUUUUGGUGGACAGUCUACUUUACAAGGAUGUAAAGUUGACUGCGACCAAUGACGACCAGUAUUUUGUGUUUGAAGAUUUCCUGUAUCAGGUUUUGUUACCGUUUUCAAGAGACACCUAUGUUUUGAAUCACUUUGACUAUAACAGCGCUAGUCCUCCAAAGUCCUACAUUAGAGGGAGGCUGGGAAUGGAUGAGUUCGCCGUCAAUUAUCCCCCAAACGGUGUCAUACCAUUCCAUGGAUUUGCUAUGUAUGUGGCUCCAAUGUGUUUCCUAUAUAAGGAAACCAUCACCCUGUAUUACGUCUUUCGGGAGAUGUACGUCCGGUAUUUCUUCAGACUGCACAGUAUUUCCUCUCACCCACAGGGUAUCGUCGGUCUGAGCCUACUUUUUGAGUCACUUCUUCAAACACACGAAUCCGAUCUGUUUUUUCAUCUUAAGUCUGUAGGAUGUCAACCACUGAAAGUGGCCUUCAAGUGGCUGGUGCGCGCCUUCUCCGGCUAUCUGUCCAGCGACCAGGUCCUGCUGCUGUGGGACCGUGUCCUAGCCUACAACUCCCUGGAAAUACUAGCAGUGUUGGCUGUGGCUAUAUUCUCUUUCAGGAAAACCAACCUAAUGAAGGUGCAGUCUUACAAUGCGGCGGAGGCGGUUCUGGCGGACUUGACAACAUUGCAAGUGAUCCCCUUGAUUCAGCUAAGUCUUUUCUCCAAAUGAGUGAUCUUUUUACCGGAUCCCCACGCUCUCCCAAAGGACCGGCCAUAAUGACAGGAUCUGCAAUGACAUUAAACUAAAACAUUAUGCAUUUUGUGAUCAGUCAUGGCGACGGAUGAAGUAGUCCUGGUUUCAUUAUUGAUAGUGAUUCCAUAGCCCUAGUAUUAAUGACUUCAGGUUUUGGAUUUAUUUUUACGAGUCGACGUUUCCAGAAUGAUAGUAUAAGACAACAACGUAUUAUUUUUCAUGAUAAUAAACUUUUGUUUUUCAAUACUUAUAUUAUUACAAUCAAGAACAAUUUGUAUUCACCAUGAAUCAUGAUUUUCUGAAAUGUACUAGAAUUUGGACGUAUAGAUGGUGAGUUUAGAUCCCCUUUUAACGAUUAAUUGGAUUUUGAUUGUCUUCAACACUUUGUGACAUUCAUCAUGAUGUCCAUUUUAUAAUAGAAAUGUCACACAUGAGA